CGCAAACUAAACUUCCCAGCAAGCAGCGCGCCGGCCUGGGAAGAGGGGAAGAUGGCGGAUGCUAAAGAUGGUGUUUUGCGGCCUGCGGGAGCCUCCAGUGCCCCAAUUUCAUUCAGCUUCAGUCGCACGUCCGCCCGGAGACGGCUGGCGGGAGACGCGGCUCCGGAGAAGGAUUUCUUGAAGACCGAGAAAGGGAGGGAGCUGCAGAGUGUGCAGCCCUCAGAAGCCCUCAAGGAACUUGUCAUCCCUUUGAUCCAGAAUGGCCAUCUCAGGCAGCCACCGACCCAGGCCCCUGGACCAUCCACACAGACUGACGUCUUGGUGGAUGGAAUUCUGUCUCAGGCUGUGAAGGAGCUCAUUGAGGAAUCCACGAAGUCUCUGGAGGAGAGAGAGAAUGCGGGUGUCGACCCCACGUUCGCUAUCCCCAUGAUCCAGAAAGGAUGCGCCCCCAGCGGGGAAGGGGAAGACAGUGAACCCCGGGCUGACACAGUGCCGGAGGAGGCUGAUUAUGAGGCAGUCCCUGUAGAGGCCUAUGGGCUGGCCAUGCUGCGGGGCAUGGGCUGGAAACCUGGCGAGGGCAUCGGCCGUACCUUCAAUCAAGUAGUGAAGCCCCGUGUCAACUCACUGAGGCCCAAGGGCUUAGGGCUGGGUGCCAACCUGACUGAGGUCCAGGCCCUGGCCCCCAACGGCCCCCACCACCUGCUGAGGCCAGAUGAUGAGCAAGAGGAGGAUAAGGAAGACCAGCCUCAAGGACUGGUGCCUGGAGGAGCUGUGGUGGUUCUUUCUGGCCCUCACCGAGGCCUCUAUGGGAAGGUGGAAGGCCUCGAUCCUGACAAUGCUCGGGCCAUGGUCCGUCUGGCUGUGGGGAGCCGCAUGGUGACUGUUAGUGAGUACUGCCUGCGGCCUGUCUCCCAGCAGGAGUUUGACAAGAACUCCUUGGAUCGGAGCCAGGUGAGCAAAACUUCCCUAAGGCAACAGAAUGAAACAGCCUUGUCAUGGAAGGCCCUUCAGGAUCAGGACCUCCACGUCCGGCAGGAGGACUCAGCGAGGAAGCGGAAACACCAUCCAGACCGACAGGAUGGGCCUGCAGCCAAGAGUGAGAAAGCAGCUCCCAGGAGUCAGCACUGGCUGCACAGGGACCUGCGUGUGCGGUUUGUGGACAAGCUGCACAAGGGUGGCCAGUAUUACAACACCAAGAUGACAAUCGAAGAUGUCCUGAACCCAGAUACCUGUGUGUGUCGGACAGAUGAAGGCCAGGUCCUAGAAGGCCUGAGGGAAGACAUGCUGGAGACCCUGGUCCCCAAGGUCCAGGGCGACUGGGUGAUGGUGGUGCUGGGGCCAUGGACUGGAAGGGUGGGCCGUCUGCUGGACCGGGACAGAGAGCAGAGCCGGGCUCUUGUGCAGCUGCAGAGAGCGAAUCAGGUGGUGGAGCUUCACUAUGAUGCCAUCUGCCAGUACGUGGGCCCCAGCGACUCAGAGGACUGACCUAUGGACAUACCCCCAUCCCCCAGGUUGUUACCAAUCCCGUACAGUGUGAAAAGCCUGCCUUCACAAAGGUGGUGGUGGGGGGGGUCAUGGUUCCGCCCUUCACUUGCAGUGCAGCCCUGGGACAGGAUGGACCAGAAGGGAGGCUAGAAACAAAUCCAGUAUUUACCGGAACUUAGUGUAUAAUUAAAA